CCCAUUCCGCCUUUUCUCCUGCGUCCGGCCACCCGUGAGUGUGCUCGGGGACUCCUGGCACCUACGGCAGUGCCCCGAAGGGCUGGCCUUGGCGAGGACCGUUCGGGACCCGCCGGCACCAUGCGCGCCCUCCCAGGCCUGCGGGGGCCCCGGGCGCCGCCGCCCCAGCCGCUGCUCCUCCUCUGCCUCCUGGCCGCCGUGCGCCCGAGCUCCGCGGACAGCCAUCCCCCAGCUUCAUCUAUCACAAGUCUACCUGUCCGAGAAGAACGGCUGACAAGAUGUGGCAAUUUUUCCUUGGAGAGCCAUAACAUAUCACUGACUGAGCGUUCCAGCGUGGCGGUGGAAAAAAACAUCACUCUGCAAAGUCCGUCGAAUGUGGAACUCGCAUGCCAGUUCACGGCCUCCGGGGACCCGAACGCCGUGAACGUGUCUUGGACAAAGGAGGAGCAGCCCCUGGAGAGCGGUUACGUCAUCAGAGCGGCGGACGGAGUCGUGCACACGCGCUACUCGUUCACCAUCAGCAAUAGCAAACAGUUGGGGCGUUAUUCUUGUUUCUUCCAAGAGGAAAAGGAAAAAAGGGGCACAUUUAAUUUCAAAGUCCCUGAACUUCAUGGCAAAAACAAACCACUGAUCACUUACGUGGGGGACUCCACUGUCUUGAUAUGUAAAUGUCAAGGUUGUUGUCCUUUAAAUUGGACCUGGCACAGUGGUAAUGGGAGUGUGCAGGUUCCUCUUGACGUUCAGAUGACUGAUAAGUAUGUGAUCACUGGGACGAAUGUUAAUGAAACGAGGCUCAAGAUAAUGCACCUCUCUGAGGAUGACCAGGGGACCUACAGGUGCCAUGCGGUGUUCCCGUUGGGCGAGGUCGAAGACCACCUCGAGCUGGUCGUGCUGAGUUACCUGGUGCCCCUCAAACCGUUUCUUGCCAUAGCCGCGGAGGUGGUUGUCUUAGUGACUGUUAUCCUGCUGUGUGAAAUGUACACCCAAAAGAAGAAGAACCGCCCAGAUGACGGGAAGGAGUUUGAACAGAUUGAACAGCUGAAAUCAGAUGAUAGCAAUGGUAUAGAAAAUAAUGUCCCCAGGCACAGGAAAAAUGAAUCUGCGGCCAGCGAAUGAGAAGCAUCACGCCAACACUCGUGGGAAGGUGGACAGAGUUUGUAUUCCUGCUCCAUCUAUGCUUCCUGUUAAGAACAUCUGAGUUUUUAUCUUUUAAAAGAAUAAAGAGUUUAAGCAGCAUGUCCAGCAGCAGCUUCAUGAAUAAUAGAUGCUAUCUCAGACCUAAAGAGGUUUUUGUUCUGUCAUUAUUUACAUAACAGCGAGGUAAAUUGUAUUAAAUAUGUUGUAGGAGCUCUAACCCAGGAUAAUAAUCUCAUCCGGUCCUCAGGGGACACAGACCA